AGUGAAGCCAAAUGACUUAUUGACCCGACUUAAUAACAACAAUAGUUACAAAAACAAUAACAUAAUAUAUUAACAUAAGCAAUAAGCAACAAGCAGCAAGCAACAAGCAGUAAGCAUAUGCAUUAAAAAACAAUGUUGUUGUUCGUAUAUAAAAAUCACAGUUAUUCGCGUGAUUUCGACACGUUUUGUUAACCAGUUAAAAGGGAGCGAAUGAAGAUUAAAGACCGUCGCAAUAGGAGGGUGCGAGAGAAUGGUCGGAAGUUUUAAUUUCCCACUAUGGCAACCACUUUAUGUGGUGGAGUUGGUGGUAAUGCAUCACAGACACUAAUAGGUAAUCAAGUUAAAACUCAGCAAGAUUCUUCCACAAUAAAUGGAAAACGCGGCCAUAUAAGGUCAGCUUCAUUGGAAAAUGCGAAUUUAAUUGCUGCGAAGAAUACGCUAGGCUUGCCAAUGUUGCCUGCAGGUCAUACGGGCACUCUAAAAUCGCGUGAUGAACAAAAACGCAUGCGUAACAAAUUUGGCAGCUAUAGCAACUUAGAAGAGACACAGCAGGGUCGCAGUAGAUUUUAUAAUAUACGGCAGAUGUUUGAAUUUACGAAAACAAGUCCGAAUAUGAACUCAGCAAUAACGUCAACAGGUAGUAAUAAUCUUGCCUAUAACGAUGAGCAGCAAUUACAAUCAUUGCCGACAACAUUUUUAACGCUUGGUAAUGCAAAAUCAUCAUCAUAUCAGCAUUCGCCAAAUCAUGCACAAGCUCAAACCAGACUUCAGGCUACACAAAUAGGUGCCAAUGCGUAUCAACAACAUUAUGUGCAACAACAAAAACAACAGCAACAAUCACAACAAUCGCAACAACAACAACAACAGCAACAACAGCAACAGCAACAACAGCCGCAAUCGCAAACACCACGGAAACCGAUAUCAACCACCCCGGUCGCCAUAAUUGCAGCCAAUGCAAGCGGAAGUGGCAGUCGUGCCAGUAUUACGGAACACAAUGAACGGCUUAAUAUAACCGAGAAUUUAGAUAACGGUAAUAACACGCGUCCAACACUUCAACAACAACAACAACAACAACAGCAACAACAACAACAACAGCAAUUGCAACCACAACGUCUACAAACUCACACUGCUAUGGUGUACAGCACGAGUCAUAGAGAUUUGUUAGCUCAGCAGCGCAGUGUCAGUGAUUUAGCGGAUGUUGAGGAGGAGAACCGCCACGAUCAGGCCACAAAUCUUUUACGCCCGAUUGCUUUUAAGCCGAUCCCUUUCGAACCGGACUACAGUAUUCCCAGUCGUUAUUGUGAUGUUGUUGUCAACUCAGCCAACGCUGUACAUUCUGUCGCUGAUCGUUAUGGCUCAACACCUUCGCUGGCUCCCAUGCAAGGUUCUAAUCUAAGAUUUGGAAGCACGACCGACUUACGACAUAGUGGAAUUGGUAUUGUUGGCGGAGGAGUAGGAGGUUUGAUUGGCGGUGGUAGCGGCGCUUGUGGUGGUGGUGGUGGUGGUGGUGGUGGCGGUGGUGGUGGUGGUGGUGGUUGUGGUGGUUAUUCAAGCAGCAGUUAUUGCAACAGCCUUAUGGCACGUCGACGUGGUUCCAGAUCGUUGAAAAUCAACGAUAGUAUGGAGUCAAUUCGACAUACACCGGACUCUGAUGCGAACAACCAAAGUGGAACCAUAAAAUCGAACGUUAGCAGCAACGGCAUUAGCAAUAACACUAUGGCCGGCAAUAAUGCUCUCAGUAAUAAUGGAUUAAAUAAAUAUUUAACAAGCGAUCAAUGCGAUAUGACGCCUUCGCCAUCGGAUUCUGGAAUUUCAGAAUUGGAAGCAGUUUUAAAAGAUCGUGACUCCGAAUUAUCAUAUUUAAGGCAGGCCAUGGAGCAUAAUGAGAAAGUAAUUUUCACAGUACACAAGGAUAAAGAAACCUAUUGGGAAAAUGAAAAUCGACGUUUACGCACCUAUUUCGAGGCUCAACAACGAGAAUUCAUGUUGAAAAUUAAGAAAAUGGAGCAAAUGCUGGCCAUGCAACAAUUUCAAUUCAAACAGAACAAGCUGAGAUAUAGCGAACAAAUCAAUAAACUAAGAGAACAAAUAGCUGAACUUAAGAACGAAUGCGAAAUAUUAAGAACGAAUAACAUCAGCUUAAAAAAUUCGGAAAGGAAUUUGAAGGACCGUUCAGCUUAUGUUGAAGAGCAGCUGGAAGAAAGUCAUAAUCUGAUAAGCAGUCUUAAAACGCAACUAGAAGAAAGCGAAUGGAGAGUGUGCGAGAAGAAUGGAGAAUUAGCUUUACUUAAAACUCAACUCAAAGAAGCAAAUAAUGAGAUCACUUUAAAGGAACAUGCCUUAGUUCAUUUGAAACAUGAAACUGUCAAUAAUACGGAAACUCACGUCUACCAAAGUCUUCAGGAGAGCCAACAGGUUGAACAACAAUUGCAGAAUCAAAAGGAUGCCGAAGUCGAGUUGAAGCAACUCAAUAAAAUCAUUAUUUUAAAAGAUCAAGUGAUUCUCGCUUUGACCAACGAGUUGGCUAAGCUACGCAAAGAGCUCUCUGAUUUAGCCAUAUUUCAUGAGUACGGCGAAGAACCGUCUGGCAAGUAUAUGCGCUUAAAGCAACAAUUAGAUAAUCUAACCGAUAUCUGUAACAAGACACGCAAACACACUCAACAACGUAUUGAGAAUUCGCGCCUGGAAUUGAAAAAUAAUGCGGAAAAAGUUUUAGAUGAUAACAAUCUUGAAGUUAUUAUGAAUUGUUUGAAAAUUGCUCCUCCCCUUGAUGAGGGCGAUUGCGAUGAAUGCGAACGAUAUAAAUUAAGUUCAGAGAAACGCUUAGCUAAAGUUAGUUCAGAUAUUCACAGUUUUAUUCAUGGAUCGAUUAAUUUGCCCGAUGUCGCUCUCAAUGUCAAAUCUCUGAAUAAAUUACCGAGCAAAUUGGAGGAAUCGACUCUCGAUACUCUAAUCGAAGAAUCGACAAAUUAUGCAGAGGAAAUCGCUAAUUUACGAAAGCAAUUGGAUGAUGUACGCGUCAAUUUUGAAUUGGAGAAGCGGCAAUGGUCGGCUGAGAAGGAAAAGGUGCUAAAAUAUCAAAAACAAUUACAGACUCAUUACAUAAGCAUGUAUCAAAAGUUACGAAGUUUAGAAAAGUCCAGUGAUGUUGUUUAACUUGCAUCGUUUUUCCUUUCCGUUCUCUUCUUUUUUCUUUACCUUUUUUUUUU